CCUCUUCCUCUUCCUUUCCCUUCCUUCUCUUCUCUUCUCUUCCUGCCGCUCCUCGGCCCUUCCGCUACAUCCCGGGCGCUUCCGGGCUCCAUCCGGGGGACGGGGUGACGCUCUGCCGCAGGAGCUGGUCUCCACUGCUGGCCCCGCUCAGUGCUGAUCGCGGGCCCCGCCCGCGUGCCUCCGCCCGGACUUGGCGUGAAAGGAUACAUGUUCACUUCAAGUAGAAAGGAGCAUGUUCCCAAAUUUUUCCAACUUGGGUCAUCCACCCUUCCCGUCAACGCAUCAGCAACAGAGUAAUUUGUCCAAUAUACUUCCCAUAAAUAUACCUCCUACUCUUUUUUCUCACCAGCAAACUGUUGUUCCUCCGCUGAAUUUUCGCACUGCAGUUCUUUCUAGAGCUCUUUUGAGUGGGAACCUUGCAGCUACUCCAAUUGUUACUUCGACUGCUACACUGCAACCAAUGACUUAUGGAAAUGUCAGUCCAGUGUCUACAUCAGGUGCCCUCAAGUCAUUUCAAGGAAGAAAGAGACAAAAUGAACAAAGUGUUUCAUAUAAUGUCAAACGGCAGCGGAUUGAUUCACAGAAUUCUGACACAACUGUAGUUAACCAAGGAGUGCCUUUAGCAGAGGAACGUAGACACUCCUUCCCAGGACCAAUUUCAAUUCAGUCACCACCGUUCCUCGCUCGUGACUCACCAGCUUUAGCUAGAUGUGUCCCUCCUCUGCGAGAUACUUUGUUUCCAGACCCUGCAGAAGCCAGGCUCCCUCUGGCCAAAGAUGAGUUAAGUCAACAGGUUUUGGAGUUGUUUCAAGCAUGUCGGCAACAGGCCUCUGAUUUGGACAGAAAAGAACUCUGCAGAACAGAACUCCAGAGAGAAAUUCAACUCAUUUUUCCACAGAGCAGACUUUAUUUGGUUGGGUCUUCUCUGAAUGGAUUUGGCACUCGUAGCAGUGAUGGUGAUUUGUGCUUGGUGGUUAAAGAAGAACCAGUGAAUCAGAAGACUGAAGCAAGACGUAUACUCAGCUUAGUCCAAAAACUCUUCAGUACUAAACUUUCAAGCUACAUUGAGCGACCUCAGCUGAUUAGAGCAAAAGUGCCAAUAGUGAAAUUCAGGGAUAAAGUCAGCUAUGUGGAGUUUGACUUGAACGUAAACAAUGUUGUAGGGAUAAGAAAUACAUUCCUUCUGAGAACCUAUGCAUUCAUUGAGAAUCGAGUUCGUCCAUUAGUACUGGUUAUUAAGAAGUGGGCAAGUUUUCAUGAGAUAAAUGAUGCCAGUCGUGGUACUUUAAGCAGCUACAGUCUUGUGCUGAUGGUUUUGCACUAUUUACAGACCCUACCUGAACCCAUCCUUCCAUCCCUCCAGAAAAAUUACCCAGAAUGUUUUGAUCCUACUAUGCAGUUGCAUCUUGUUCAUCAAGCUCCAUGUACCAUUCCUCCUUACAUCUCGAAAAAUGGAUCAAGCCUUGGAGAUUUGCUAAUAGGCUUCUUCAAAUAUUAUGCCACAGAAUUUGAUUGGAGCCAUCAAAUGAUUUCAGUUCGUGAAGCCAAAGCUAUUCCAAGACCUGAUGGUAUUGAAUGGAGAAACAAAUUUAUUUGUGUAGAAGAGCCUUUUGAUGGGACAAAUACUGCUAGAGCUGUACAUGAGAAACAGAAGUUCGAUAUGAUCAGAGGUGAAUUUGCACAGGCUUGGCGGGUAUUACGAGAUAAGAAAGACCUGAAAUGUAUAUUACCUUUAAGAGUAGAAGAACUGAAAAGAUAACCAACUUCUUUCACUUUCUUUUUUUUUUUUUUUUUUUGGAUCCUGCUGAAACAAAGAACAGUAUCAAAAUCAGAAGGCAUCUACCCAAUGGUUCUUUACAACCUGUUUUUCUCUGUAAACUUUUGUUAAGGAAAUGUUUGUUAUAAGGAUGUGGCAUAUUUUAUUACCGACAUUUGUUAAUACAGAUGCUCAUUCAAAGAUAUGUUUUCUGAAAAUGCUUGUAUUGCUGGCUUCUAGAAGAAACUCAUAGCAAACAACCAGAAUAAAUCUAUUUCAGGGAAAGUAUGGGGAUAUAUUGACUUCUUGUUUGCAUAAUCUGUGUAGCCAUUAAUUCAGACAGAUUUAAUGAUGAAACACAGACAUUCAAAGUUAAUCAGUGUGCAAAUCUGACUACAUCCUUAAGGCACUGUGCACAGUACCCACUUCUUAAUGAACAGAGAGUCCAUGCUUUACGUCUGCUUAAUUUUAGUAAGCACUUUGGUUCAACGUGGCACUUUCUACUUUUAUUUCACUCGGAAUAAGAAGUGACUUUUAUGAAAAUGAAGCUAAAUUAUGGUUGGUAGUGUCUUGGAUAUUAAGAACUGUAAUCUAAACUGGAAUUUUCAAGCAACAUUUCUACUACAAAGAAGUUGAAAUAAAAAAGCUCAGUUCAAUAUACAUAAAUGUUUCAUAUUCUCACAAGGGUAGGUGAGAAAAAAUUUUGUACUUCCUUUUACGUUUUUGAAGUAGUAGUGAUGCCUGCUGGGGGAAAAAAAAAUUACCAAAUCAAAACACCUCACAACCCUACCAGUGCUACAAUAUGCUGGGCUUCUCUUUUGAUUUUGUGUAAAUAUUUGUAAAUUGGUCAGCCACUGUAAAUUGAAUUUAAAUAAGUAAUAUUGACAAUUUGAGCUCUUCCGAAAAAAUUGCACACUCUCUCUUAGACCUCCUGUAGCACAAUUUCUGCCUCUCAUGUAUUUGCUAUUGAAGACCGAUUAGUUGUUAAAACUGUACUUACCACUGAUGUCAAAUUCAUACUUCCAUUUUUUUAGGUUAAUAUUUUAUAUGCUGUCCAGUGAAAUAAAAGUUUAUAUGUGGAAGGUACAGGCUAUUUUUCCACUUUCUGUUAUUUUCUACUGCACAUUUAAAAUAUUUCCCAUAAUUAAGUAGAAUAGGAAAUGCCCAAUAAGGUGGGGCCCGUGUUGCAAAUCAUAAACAUCUAUAAUGGCUAUUUUGCAGUGCAUCUGUGAAGAGGUAAAAGUUUGAUUCAUUGCAUUCCCUAACAAUAGCGCAAAAACCCUUAUAAUUGUAAAAUAACAAGCAUUAUCAUUUCUUGUGUAAAUUUUAAAGUUCUAGUUUAUUUCAGAGUUCUAGGAACUGUAAACUAUUUGCCUGAUGUGUGAUUACUUCUAGACACUUCAUCAUGGUCUAGUCUAUAUAGGAUUUGGCUUGCUUUUUAAAACACUUCUUUCUGUAAUUUGAACAGCCUUUCACUUUUAAUAUGACUCUAUCAGUCCACUGAAACAUUUUCCCUCCACGUGCAUGUUCCCCCUCACAGCCCUUCCUCUAAAAGAUAGUAGACUUGGAUCUCAGUGAAACCUUCACUCUAAUCUGCUUUGUGUAAAAUUGAAGCACAAGAUUUUAGGACAGGCUGAUGUCUGGAAUCAAAGAUGCUCUACGAGCCCUAGGUGAAUUUUGGGGAAAGGAGAGGGUUGCUUCUUUUUUUAAAAAGAUGUUGGCUGUACCUUUGUCUAGAAAAUUUAAAACUCUCCUAACUUAGGAUAAGUAGAAGAACAUACAUGUUCAAAAUUGGCAAAAAUGUAUUUUAAGUGAGCUGGAUGUCAGGUACAAAAUUUUAUGUCUCUUACAAGUUUGCAUUAUUAAUUAUUAAUGCUCUGUGUUUGAAACCACUUCUCCCUAACUGUUUUUAAAAAGUUAGUUAAAAAAAUUGUAAUACCUACAUGCAGCUCUGUAAAAAUUUGAAAGUCAAGGUCUGUAGCCACAAUGGUCUGGGUCUUUCAAAAGAAUCCUUUUGUGUAUUUCUCUGAAGUUGAUGUACUUCUGAUAAACUACAUCUAUAAUCAGAAGUAUAAAUUCUAGAUGGUCAGUUUCCCCAGUUGUUUAAAGACAAGCUUGUUUAUAGCAUAUUUGUUAAAUGGUGGGCUGCAACUUUUGUCUGAAAACUUCAGAUAUAAUGUCACAAAAUAAAUGGUUUGGGAAGAGUGGGUAGGAACUGAACUUUAACUUUGAUUCAGUUCUGCUUAGUCUGAAGUUGUUCAGAGGCUUAAUGACCCAAAUUUUCAUCUACUCUGGGCAAGUAUCCAGAGGAAGAAACUGGCUAAUGGCUAUCAUAAUUUUUUGCAUUAGUGUGAAGUUUUCCCUUCUCAUCUUCAAAAUAAAAACCUUCACCCACUUAACUCUUGGCAUACACCCUAGCAGGAAUAGUUGUUUCUGAGAGAUCUUUGGUAAAAGGUGUUUUUCAUGGCUGACCAAGGUUUCACUGUGUGUGCAAGAUGCUGUCUUUGAGGCUUAUUACUGCCUCAAAAUAAAAAUGAUUUAGUUCAGCUCUUUGUUAUUUUAGGACUACUCUUGCCUACUCAUUUUGGCAUUGGGUUUGCUUGUCUUUUCUCACCUUAUGUAUCAGAAACCACUAGUGUCUUCUAAGGUAAUUUAAGAACUCUCUUCAGUCCUUCAGGAGCGAGUUUAAUGAGCAGGCUUAGAGAUGCAUGGGAGGACCAGACGUUAACAAGAGCUUCCAUUUUGGUGACAGAAAUGCAGAACUGGCAUAGGCUGUGAACUGUGAAACUUCAAGUUUCUCUUGUAGCUCUUGUUCUCACUUUCCUUAAAAUGUGAAUGUAUAAGUGUACUCUCAGUAUCUUAAGGUAUUCUGACAGUAUAAGGGGUUAUUUAAAAAAAAUAAAUCAAUAUAAACCAAUUUUAAGACUCACAGGGUGACAUGAUAAUUUGGGAGAAAUGGGCAGCCAUGAUAAAAGGAUGUAAGAUGAUUUGAGAAAACCUGAAGUUAGCAAUUGUGAAUACCAUUCCAAAUGCUUCUUUGGAACCAGUGCUUUACUUAUACUUGGAUCACUGGACUGAAUUCACAGUAUAUUUGGUGUUAAAUUUAAGUCUAUCAGUGAAUGUCACUCUUGAUAUAUUGGACUCUACUUGCACUGGGUUGUCUUGUAUUUUAUAGUUUAUUUAUGUUUGUCUUGUUCUCUGUAAUCCUUGUGUGUUCUGAUACAAAUUUUUCCCUCACUGAUUUUACAGAGUAUGAUGCUUGUAGGAAGAGCAUGAAAAAAUAUGCUAUUUUUGGUCAAUUUACAGAUGAAAUUAACUUGUGAGAACUACAGAAGGGAGAGCACUAGGUCUGGAAAUAAUUUGAAGGGGUUCUGGUAAAAAGGUACUCACCUUUCUCUUACUGUGCUGACGACUGAAUCAAAACUUGUGCAAUAUAUGUAUGCUUAAUAUAUAAGCAUUUCUAGAAAAUUUGUAAUGCUGUUGCCUUCCACGUGUAAAGAAUGUGAAGUACUCUACCUUAAAUUUCAUUGUGCUGUGUACACUGUCUGUGCUUAUGAUAAAAUGUAGAGUUUAAUUUAGCUUAAUAUUACUUUCAAAUACAAUUUUUCCAAAAAAUUA